CAGUCAAGGGGAGUUAUCAGUCUACCAUUUGAAGUCUGUGACGGCUAUUCGCAUAUGCUAUCACUGUCACGUCAUGCGCGAGUACUUCGUGGCGUCACACAGCUGAUGUAUGUAUGCAUGUACGUGUACCCCGACCUCGCGGAGUGGAAUGGCAUGUACACAGCGAGGGUGUUGAGAAGAAGGAACCACAUCACCGCACGGCAAGCAGGACAGCCCUCGUCGGGGACGAAUCAAGCCUUGGCGACACGAACGACGUGACCUCGCGUAUAACCUCGGCACCGGCGACUAAUCGGAUGCGCCGAACGCGCUACGGGAUCGCGUGCCAUCGUUGAGUCUGGCGAAUCGCCUUCCCCGAAAGAUGUCGUUGACAUUUCAACAGAUUAUAUUGGAUGCCAAAAAAUUGGUCAUUCGAAUUUCAGAUCAUGAGAAUACAGCAGAUACCUUGAUAAGUGAGGUAGAAGCUGUGUGCGGACAAAUUGAUAACAUGAAGCAGUAUCAAGAGGAAGUAGAAAUUUUAAAUACAGAAGCGAAGCAAAGACCGCACUUGCAGUUGAUUGCCGGAAUCCAAAGGGAAAACAAACAUUUGCGAGAAAUACAAGCAGAGAAUAAGGAGUUGAGAAAUGCACUGGAAGAUCAUCAGAAUGCGCUGGAGCUUAUAAUGUCCAAAUAUCGACAGCAAACUGCCUCUUUAUUACGUCUCAGCAAAACUGAUUAUUCGUCCAUGCAUAAUUCAAAAUAUGCUAAUAUAAUAACCAGUCAAGCAGAAAAAAUUAAUGAAAUGGCAGCCGUGAUGAAAACAGCCGCUGCUUUAGAUGAGGAAAAUGAAUUAAAGGAGAAGGAGACGUUACAUUCUUUGAAAGAAGAAAACGCCACGCUUCGAGAAAUAGUAAAUAUUGCAAAUAAAUAUGGUUCCUUAAAUAAAGGAUGUUCUGUAGAAAAUAAAACGGUUCAAACAGAUCCGCCAAUAGAUUAAAGAAAUAUUUGCUCCUAGAGCUUUCAAUCUUUUUUAUAUAAAAAGCUGACCAGUAUUUAUUUCACACACAAACUCAUGACAUAUUAUUACUAGAUAGAAUCUAUUACAUAUAGGUGAAAAGUGUAUGUGCAAAUUGUAGUAUAUAUACGCAUAUUAAUUAACAUUUAUAAAAUAAAUUGUACAAGCAUUUGCAAAACAUGUAUUUAUAUCUACUUUUCAUGUAUUCCUGUAUAAAAAAUGCAAUAUCUUUUUGAAACAAAAAUAGUAGAAAUUGUGCAUCUAAAACAUUUUGUCUUUUAAAUUAAACGAAUUUUUUUUAAAUCAAUGUGUUUCGAAAGAAAUUGUUAUUUUUUAUUGCAUGUCAAAAAAUGCAAGAUAUUAUUCAAUAUUCUGAUGAGCUUACAGAAAGAAUAAUGUUUAAAAAGGAUAUGAUAUUUUCAUUUCUAACGAAAAAACCUCGCGUGGUCAAAAAUUCUAAUAAAACUUGCCAUAAAUGUAGAGGGGAUUUCAUAAAUUUAGAAAUUUUCACUGGAUAUUGAAAAAUGGUUUGAAGAAUUCAUUUUUCGAAAUAAAUUUUUUAUAAAAUUGACUUCUUAUGUAUCUAAUAUUUAUAAAGUAACAUAAUACGAUAAAACUAACAUGUUUUUAUUUUACAUCUAAUAUCUACGUGUUAUUUAUAUUACCUAUGUAUGUAACCUUGUGUAUAAUAAUGUAUAAUAUUAUGUCUUACUUUAUUAAAAAUUUCGUUAGUCAUAUCGUUUAGUUUGCGAAAUAUAUUUAAAAGAAGGCAAAAAUGUCUUUAUCUUUGAAGGGUAGUUUUAUUCUUUCAUACCAUUUUGUAACACUCAGUAAAAAUUUCUAAAUUCAUGUAUUUACUAUAUCUAUAUUUAUGCCAAGUUUUAUUAAAAUCAGAAUUUUCAACUACACUGUUUCCUUGUAAGUUUGACACCAAUUUAUUUAACAGAAUGAUUUAUAUAUACUGAAAAAAUUUUAGAAACUACUCUUUUUGCGAAACAAUGGCUGUUUCCCAGCUAAGACACAUUGACGUUACACUGUGUUCUGCUGUGUAAUAUUGGAACAAUUAGAACUCUAGACUCAAUUGACAAACAAUAAUAAUAUUAAUUCCAAUGAGUAACAAGAAAAAUAUUGUUAUUAAAAUUGAUAUUAGAAAUUAUCAUAUUAGUGUCACAUGUUAUAUAUAAAAAUUUCUUUGAAAAUUAAUAACACCGAUUAUUUACACGCUCGUACUCAGCUUUUUACCGCAUCGAGCAGUGUAAGGGUGAAAGCACAGAUUUUUGCAUAACGCAUAAGAGAAUUAACAGAGGUCUUUAUUUCUACCUUGGGGAAGGAAAUAGACAAUUCUGAUUGAUUGAUUCUCUUAUGCGUUAUGCAACAAUCUGCUCCCGCUCUAACACUAUAUCACAGUUAAUUAGAACACUAUGUUGUACCUUGUUGAAAAAUAGCCAAUGUUAGAUUCUUUCUGUGAUGAUUUUUAUUGAUUUCAGUUCUGAAAGGCUUGUUUUAAUUCGUUCGAAAAUAAAAUAUCUCUGUUAUAACAUUGUUCUUCGGAUUAAAUAUCUUUUUUUGUUAGGACUUUUGUAAAAAAAAAAAGGGUAAAAAAGUAGAAUAGAGAAAAAAUGUACAUGCAAAAUACAGGAUUCAUGAUCAAUAUUGUUUUUCUUAAUUCGUGUAAUACGUUAAAACUUUUAAGUGAAUUUUUUGACUGGAUAUAAUUAUCUUCACAUUUUGUUAAGAAUAAUUAACACUUGGUCUUAUAAAAAAUACUUAUUUUAUACAAUUUUCUUUAUGCCAUACUUAUGAACUAUUUUUUCAAUAUAUACUGAUAAUACAGAUUUUGUACAAACUGCCAAUGAAAA